AUUGCAUCAGACAAAGAACUUGUCUCUGUACUUGUCUUGUUAGACCUUAGUGCUACAUUAGACAACAUUGACCAUCACAUCCUAUUACAGAGACUGCAACAUUUAAUCGGCAUUAAAGGAGCCACACUAAGCUGGUUUAAGUCCUAUUUAUCAGAUUGAUCGCAGAUUGUACAUGUUGACGAUGAAUCCUUCAUGCACGCCAAAAUUAGUGUGGUUGAAAUCAAAAGUUUGGAGGCAAAGUCAUCAGAGUUUUUAAAGAACUUUAUUGAAAAGCAUAAAGGCCUGAAUCGGUGUGCAAAGUGACUGAAUCACACAAGCACAUAGUAUUUGUGCAUUUUGUUAUAGAGGGGUCUAACUUCACGCACCAAUAACAGCAGAUCCUGAAUGUACACCUCUUCAUCUUUUUGAUGUCACGGCAUGUCCAGCCUUAUUCUGUGUGUCACAUUCAAACUAAGAGCACAAGCACUGGCUUGUUGUCUAGAAUUUGCAAUGUCAUCCCUAAGGCUUGCUUGAUGAGUCCAAACUUUGGAAUGUCAGCCUCAUGGCUUGCUUCUAGGACACAGUGCUCUGUAUCAAGGUGCACGGUCAUAUGCUGUAUCUGUCACAGUUAGCCACUAUGCCCCCUGAUCCUAGUGUUUUUCCCUCCCUUGUGUUCCCUGGCUGUCCCCUGUCUGUUCUCGUGUGUGUAUGUGUGUCUGUGUUCUGGCCUGGCUUCCCGGUCUCCGAUUUGCUGCUGAUCACCGGCACACCUGAUUCCAAUCAUCACCAAUCUACACCGCUUAUUUACCGGGCUCCUCCACACUGCCGACGCCAGAUCGUCCUCCGUACAUGCACUCUUGCUCUGCCGGUGAUUGCAGCGCCAGUCUGUCCCUGGGUCUCCCGGAUCUCCGCGACCACACCAGUUGCCAUCCCACCCUCGCCAUCUGGCCGAAUUUGCCUCCCGGAGCCUGCCUUCCUCCAGGACCAGAAACGCCAGGCUCCCGUGUCCACCGCUCAGUCGGCUCAGCCCUUCUCACUUCACCCGCCAGUCCUGAACCAGCCCUCCUCAUCUCCGCCAGAAGCGCUGCCAGUGAACUCCCUCAUCCAGGUCCAAUCAAGUCUCCAAGACGGCCACAAACCACGCCGAUUUUCUCGCAUACCCCCCACUAUCUACACAAUAAAACUGUUUCAACCUUACCUCCCUUCUUGUUCGUGUGUCCUGCAUUUGGGUUCAGAAAAGCCGCUUGUGACAGUAUCACACAAAACCAAGAAUGUCAUUGCUCAUGAACAAAUGUGAUAUUAUUAAUAUAAAACAUAAGUAUUUACUAUUAACUAUGAGUUUCCACCAGAUCCCCCUUUGGGACUACAAAAAUCCCAAUACUUCCCACUCAUAGAGGUUAAGAUACACACAUACUAUUUACAUAGUUACAGAAAGGAAUCAAAACCAAAAAAAUUCAUAUUGAUUAAACAAUACUUAUCUAGCCUGCGAUGACAAAGUCCGUCUUUGGCCAAGCAACUUAGCUCUUGUUAUCCUUUGGAUGACUAUGAAUCAUGGCUCCUUAGUCUGUUAGCACAAGUGUACAAUCUAGUAAACCUCUCCACCCAAUUUAGCAUGGGGAGCAAGUAAAAACCAAAUUGUACCUAACUUCCUAUGGCCAAUACUUGGGGAAAAAACCUCUGAUGGCAUAAGAGGAAAAACAUCAAGUAUUAGCCUUUUUUUAUUAGUGAAUUAAUCAUGUCACCAUUAAAAAUGUCUUAAUUAAACACAGAUAUCAUGGUAAUAGUGAUUAUUGCUUAAAUCAUUAGCACAACAUUUUAAACAAAAAGAGCAGCACACUCAGAUAGAUAUUGACAUGCACUACCCAACUGCUUCAAUUAAAUCCUACAUCUGAAUCUCUAUCCAGGGUUUUUUAAUUUUUUAAUCAGCACCUUGAUUAUCAAAAUCCAUCUUUAUUUCAAACACAUUCAUUCACAUUCAUCUUCAGGCAUUUUCUCAUCAACUGGCAAACCUGGUGGAAUGCCUUGUAAAUCGUUAUACCUCAUUUCCAUCUUAUUUUCUUCACUUCCUGUCAAAUAGCAACCUUGAAUAGCAACCUUUGUGACCAUCUGUCAACAGGACACUUAAAAACAACAGGAGACACUUGUCUCUUCAUGCUGAGUAGAGCUGGAAGAAAAUGUUCAUCAGUCUUUUCUGAAGUGUUCUACAGUCUUUCACCAUGUUGUGGGCAGUUUGAGUGUUCUCGUACCCGUUUGUUUGUGUGGUAUGCAACCUUACUUUGCUGUUGAGCACCUGAGUGCUGCUGUUAGACCCUGCUCCUGAGCUGUUUUCCACCUGUGGCACUCCAUUAGUGACACUUCGUUGAUGUGAGCCCUAGCAAUCCUUUAGCGGUCUAUCUCCGCUCAGCAAGAGGGAGAGCAGGAGGAACCACUCCUUCCAUUGCCAUGGCUCUUCGCCUCCUUGGGAGCGGCUGGGACAGCCGGCCUGCACCUUGAGGCAUGGACCAUUCUGUCUUCGACCUUUUAUGACUGUCCCGGACCUUACCACCUAAGAGAUAA